GCUUGAAACGCGGAAAUGUACAAAGGACACAGAGGAGACAGUCAACGACUGGACUAAUAUAGUUGAAAUUUAAGUAGAAUUAUUUAGGAAUUAGUUUUAAUUCAGAAAAUUAAUUGAGCGGAUUUACAAGAACAAUUGUUAAGCUUUUGUAUUCUUUUGUGUGCGUUGAAUGGAAGCUUCACACUCUGUUGUGCCAUAGUUUGAAGCAUCGAUGAGGCUUUCUGAUUUUCAUUGAAUGAGCUGCUUAAAAUUGAUACAUAUUGUAAAGGCAUUCUAAGUGCUUGAAGAAACGUUAGAAACAGAAUCAAUAACAUUUUAUAGGCAAUAGUGAAGACUGAUCAGAAUAGGAUAUAUAGUUUGUUCAAAAUGAUGCACGGUUUGUAUUUACAAUUCAAUAAUUAUUUGUAGUUCGUAAGAAUAUUCAGCAAAACAAAUAUUGUUUGAAUUAAAACUAAUUAUAGCUAUAGCAACAAGCUGCUGACAAUGUGUUCUACUGCUUCAUUUAGAUUAUACAUUAGGGUUAAGGAGUUGCCUGACGUUCUAAAACAUAAUAAUUUAUUUAAAAUAUGUUCUCAAGUCAGGCAAAUUAGCACCUCUCCCAGAAAGAAUACAGUUAUGCCAGCCUGGGUGAUUGACAGAUAUGGUAGCAAUGAGGUGUUGCGCCUCAAUAAAAACAUGUUGUUUCCUGCUAUAAACUACCCUAAUGAAGUGAUUGUUAAAGUCCACGCUGCAAGUCUGAAUCAAAUUGAUGUCAAUAUGAGAAGUGGAUAUGGAGCAUCAAGUCUGAAUAUGACCCGAGAUCCUCUAAAUAUUAAUUCAUCUAGUACUGAAUUUCCGCUGAUCCUGGGAAGAGAUCUUUCAGGGACUGUUAUGGAAUGUGGGAUUAAUGUGAAAUAUUUCAAACCUGGGGAUCAGGUGUGGGCUGCAGUUCCUCCAUGGAAGCAGGGCACCCUGGCAGAGUUGGUUGUAGCAAGUGGUAAUGAGAUUUCAUUGAAGCCUAAAGUACUGAGCCACAUAGAAGCUGCAUCUUUGCCUUAUGUUAUUCUUACUGCGUGGGCUGCCCUGGUAAACAGCUGUGGUCUGAAAAAGGACAACUGCCCAGGCAAAAGGGUGUUGAUUGUCGGAGCAUCAGGUGGAGUUGGAACCGCAGCUAUCCAGUUACUAAAAGCGUGGGGAGGUCAUGUCACUGCUGUCUGUUCUGAAGAUGCUUUCAACCUUAUGAAGGACCUUGGUGCAGAUGAUGUCAUUGAUUACAAAGCUGCAGAUCUAGAGGUGCAACUGAAGCCACGGGAACUAUUUGAUGUCAUUUUAGACAAUGUGGGUGGAACAACUGAAAAACUAGCUUUACAGUUUCUGAAGCCUUGGUCUGGAGCCACUUAUGUCACCCUUGUGACACCAUUUCUGCUAAAUACAGACAGACUCGGCAUAGCAGAUGGCAUGAUGCGCACAGGAGUCACUUUAAGCUCAAAAGUUGUCAAACAUCUUUGCAAAGGAAUCCAUUAUCGAUGGGGAUUCUUCACACCUAGUGGAUCAUCCCUGGAUGAAAUAUCUGAACUUGUUGAAGCUGGCAAGAUACGUCCUGUCAUUGAAGAAGUUUUCUCAUUUUCAGAAGUUCCCAAGGCUUUCAAUAAGGUUGAAGGAGGACAUGCAAGGGGGAAAACUGUUAUAAGGGUGACAGAAAGUAGUAAAUAAAUACAAAUAUCUUUGUACUUCUUUUGAAAUGUAUUUUCCUACUAUUAAAUGUGUAGGUAUAUA